AUGGUGGUAGGUAAAGUUUACCAGGCGGCUAAAUGGACCACGGAGACCGUUAUUGGAGCAGCACAAGCCCUUGCUAAUACAAAGGGCCCAGUGCCAGCCACAGAUCUCCAUCCACGAAUGCCCGCUCGACCAUGGACAGCUCAAGAAUACCUGCGUAUGUGGUCAUGGCGUCAUUGCUGGAAAUACAUCCCAGUAUUCCGUUUCUACGUCUACUCUGGCAUCAUUAUGUUUGUAAUACUGAAAUACGUUGUUCCA